AACGGAAUUGGAUGGCAAAAGCUGAGAAACAAUGGAGAAGGAUCGAGAGAAGCAGGAGAGGGAGGGGACGUUGAAUCACCCACAGCAAAUUUCACCUAUGAAACCAGUGACCCGUGAAGCCUACGGUGGUGGAAUGUAUGCUAAUGAAGCGGAACGAGAACAACCGCAAAAACAGAACAAGAAACCCGCUAGCGACACACAGAGUGCUGACGGACCGGCGGAGAAGUCCACCGCCGAACCCAAGCACAAACCGCCACCUUCUACCGGUGAUCGAGAUCUUGAUAUCACUGGUCAAUCUUACAUUCAGUGACCGAGUUCGCGUUCAUGUAUAGUGUUUUUGUGCUGGUGCUGCUUCUUCUUUGUACUGUUUCUAAUCUUUAAAACGUAGCCUAAUGUGAUUACUGGACCCUGUAUACUUAAUAUACAUAUGGAUGGUUAUUGUAUUAGGUACUGAGUUAGACUUGGAUUUGGGAUGGACCCAUUAAGCCCAAAUUGCAAAAAUAAAUGCUAGGAUUUGCUUUGUAUUGAAAUCGUGAAGAGAAUUGAAAUUUGCAAUCCAAUUGGAAUCGAGUAUGGUAGGUUUGGUUGCUGUUCA